CUUUGAUUUUUUUUUUUUUUCUUUUUGCUUUUGAAUGAUCGGACUGUUUUGAGCUGGUUGGUCGAUGAUGAUGAUUCGAUUCGACAUUGAGCACGAAAAAAGAUCAUCUUGCUUUGGCUGAAUCCGAUGCGAAAAUCGUCGUGUUCGACGCCCGAUGAUGGCUCGAAGGCGGAGAGUGGUUCAUCUGGGUGGUGCUAAUUCGGUAUUAGGGAAGGCCUGAAGGGUUAGUUGGUGAACUCAGGGGAAUGUGAUUUGCAUGGGGUGACGAUGCCUGAGUUGCGAAGUGGAGCACGGAGAUCAAAGAGGCUUGACAAUAUACAACCAAACCCGCAACAAAUUGAUCAAGCGGAUAAUUGGGCACUGCCUACACAAAACAAAACUAGGAGGAGAGGAGGUGGUGGAAGAGGAAGGGGUAAUGCGACAGCUGUAGGGAGAGGGAGGGCAACAGGUGCUGGUCGAGGUCGGGGAAUAAGGGUUAUAGAUUUAGACCCGGAACCUUGCGAAGUGGUUCCUGAAGUUGCAGCUUUAGGAGCUGCUGCUGCUGACCCUGCUUUUAAUCGAGUUGAGGUUGUCGGAGAGAAAGAUAUUGCAAUGGAAGGAGGAAGUGCAGAGAAAGUGUUGGGAGUCGAGGAAGAAGCUAGCACAACACCUGUUCCUGAGAGGGUACAAGUGGGUACCUCUCCUGUAUAUAAGACAGAAAGGAAAUUGGGAAAAGGUGGCUUUGGUCAAGUGUACGUUGGCAGAAGGGUAAGUGGUGGAAGUGAUAGAACAGGACCAGAUGCAAUAGAGGUUGCAUUGAAGUUUGAGCAUCGUAACAGCAAAGGUUGCAACUAUGGUCCUCCUUACGAGUGGCAAGUGUACAAUACUCUAAAUGGAUGCUAUGGAAUCCCUUGGGUUCAUUAUAAGGGUCGACAGGGGGAUUUCUACAUUCUGGUUAUGGAUAUGCUUGGGCCCAGUCUUUGGGACGUCUGGAACUCUCUAGGGCAAUCAAUGUCGCCGAACAUGGUGGCUUGUUUUGCAGUGGAGGCAAUAUCAAUCCUGGAAAAGCUUCACUUGAAGGGCUUUGUGCAUGGAGAUGUCAAACCAGAGAAUUUUCUGCUUGGUCAACCUGGGUCGGCUGAUGAGAAGAAGCUUUACCUCAUUGAUCUUGGCUUAGCGUCUAGGUGGAAAGAUUCGACAUCUGGUCAACACGUCGAUUAUGAUCAAAGACCUGAUGUAUUCAGGGGAACAAUAAGAUACGCCAGUGUGCAUGCUCAUUUAGGACGGACCGGAAGUCGACGAGACGAUCUUGAGUCAUUGGCGUACACAUUGAUUUUCCUUUUAAAAGGAAGGUUACCAUGGCAGGGAUAUCAGGGGGACAACAAGAGCUUUCUUGUCUGUAAGAAAAAGAUGGCUACUUCUCCAGAGUUAAUGUGCUGCUUUUGCCCCGCCCCGUUCAAGCAAUUUCUUGAAGCUGUAACAAACAUGAAAUUUGACGAGGAGCCAAAUUACUCAAAGCUGAUAUCUUUUUUUGAAAGCCUAAUUGAGCCAUGCACAUCUUUGAGACCAAUCAGAAUUGAUGGAGCUCUAAAGGUCGGUCAAAAGCGAGGCAGACUACUCAUUAAUUUGGAAGAAGAUGAGCAGCCAAAGAAGAAGGUUCGAUUGGGUAGUCCGGCUACUCAGUGGAUUUCAGUUUAUAAUGCACGUCGGCCCAUGAAACAGAGAUAUCAUUACAAUGUAGCAGAUUCAAGGUUAACCCAGCAUGUAGAGAAGGGAAAUGAAGAUGGGCUAUUUAUCAGCUGUGUGGCCUCUUCAUCAAAUUUGUGGGCUUUAAUCAUGGAUGCAGGAACUGGUUUCUCUUCGCAGGUUUAUGAGUUGUCUGCUGUUUUUCUGCAUAAGGAUUGGAUCAUGGAACAAUGGGAAAGAAACUACUAUAUCAGUUCAAUAGCUGGUGCAUCUAAUGGGAGUUCCUUGGUUGUCAUGUCCAAAGGAACCCCAUAUACCCAGCAGUCCUACAAAGUGAGUGAAGCCUUUCCUUUCAAGUGGAUAAAUAAGAAGUGGAAAGAAGGUUUUCACGUCACUUCCAUGACUACGGCGGGCAGUCGCUGGGGUGUGGUAAUGUCUAGAAAUUCUGGAUUUUCUGACCAGGUUGUGGAGCUUGAUUUUCUAUACCCAAGUGAAGGUAUACACCGAAGAUGGGAGAGCGGCUAUAGAAUAACAUCUAUGGCUGCCACUGCUGAUCAAGCAGCAUUCAUACUGAGCAUACCUAAAAGAAAAGUGAUGGAUGAAACUCAAGAAACCCUGCGAACAUCUGCCUUCCCAAGCACACAUGUGAAGGAAAAAUGGUCUAAAAAUCUCUACAUUGCAUCAAUUUGUUAUGGCCGGACUGUUUGUUGAUUCGGUCUUGCUUUAUUACUGUACCGGGAGAGUGUUUUGGCCGGAAAUUUUCAAAGGUGAGACGGCUUUUACAAAAUUUGAUUUUCCAGCAACUCAAGAAAGGCAAGGCCUCCCGCAAAAAAAUUCUCACAGGCGAAUGUAAAGGCGAAAAAGCGAGCCAAGAUAGCAGUUAUAAGUGUGAGUUGAAAAGGCAAUGUACCCUGAACCGAUCUGAUUGAUAGGGUACGUAGAGAUCAUGAAAGAUGGUUUGUUUGUAGCACCCUGCAAUUUGCAGGCGGACUUGGAGUUCAUAACACCGAAUUGUUGUAUGAACGUGCAACCAUUUAUUAGCAACACUGUUGUAAACUAUUUGAUGGGCGCGAAUAGCUACCUAUCAACCCUCUUAUUUGGAGGGCAUCAAAAGUCUGAAUUUGCAAAGGUA